AUGGAUGUUAAAGGAUACUACAGAAUGCUAGGCAUAGACCCAAAUGCAUCUGAAGGAGAAAUAAAGGCUGCGUACAGAAAACUUGCCAAAAAGUACCACUCAGAUGGGCAGACCGUGGCAAGUGCCAUGAAGGCGUGCAAAACCGACAAAGAGCGAGAGGAGCUAAAGAAGAGCAUGGACGCCAAGUUUUCCGAGAUAACGGGGGCAUACGAAGUACUGUCUGUGAAGGAGAAGAAAGACCUGUACGACAGAGGAGUCGAUCCAAACGAGCAGGGAGGCGGCUUUGGAGGCUUCAGCGGCUUUGGAGAUGGUGACUCCUUCUUCUCUUCAUUCUUCGGCGGAUCAAUGGGAUCUAUGUUCGGCGGAGAAAGAAGAAGCCAGAAAAACACCCCAAAGAUAGAGAAGGUGACCAUUACACUUGCAGACGUUCUGACAGGCCUAAAGAUAAGCAGGAAAAUCACCCGAAAGAUCGUGUGUGCUCCAUGCAAGUCCACAGGAUCAAUGAACACAAAAACAUGCAGUCGGUGCCGCGGAGCAGGUGCAUACGCAGAAAUCACCAACAUGGGAGGAAUGCGUCUGCAGAGAGAGGUUAUGUGCAGCUCCUGCAAUGGGCAUGGAAUAACUAAAUCAGGCCCUAGCUGUUCAUCGUGCGCAGGAAAUGGAUACCUUAAGAAGUCAGAGAACAUUGAAAUAUCAAUACCAGCAGGUGUGGUAGAUGGGUACAAGAUGGCAUACAAGGGAAUGGGAGACGAGGCAAGCGGCUUGGCCACAGGCGACUUAGUUGUUGAGGUUAGCGUUAAGGAGGAUGAAACCUUCGCCAGACUUGCGCCAGAGCACUUAUUCGCUGAGAUUGAUGUUCCGCUUGCAGAUCUUCUUACAAUGAAGCCAAUUAGGCUUGUCACAAUAGAUAAAAGAGAGAUUACAAUUGGAUAUCCAUCUUUGCAGAGCGUGGACAUAGGAGAGGACUACCUGCGUGUAGAUAGAGAAGGACUACCCAUGAAGAAUGGCGGAAAGGGUUCGCUUUUUGUGCGAAUCAUUCCAACAUUCACAUCAUUGAGCAAGACAAAGGAGCUAGGAAUGGAGCUAAUCAACCACGCAGCAACAGCGCAGCUCGCUACGUACAAGGGAAUCUUCAUUUCUAAGCACAAGAUAAACGAGUGGUACAAUGAGCAGCAGCACAGCUCCAGCCGCCAUUCUCACUCUCACUCGCACCGCGAAGACACAGGGCAGACAUGCCAAACCAUAUAG